AUGCACAAUGGAAUGCAGCUUUCUUUACAAGACAAACUGUCUGAGCUAACCAACAACUUAUGUUUGUCUGUGUGGGCGGCGUUGGCGCAAAAGCUCGUUUGGUUGAUUACGCACGCCAACCUAGUUAUCUCUCUCUCUCACAUUAUACUGACCUUAACUUAUUCAUGUCUAUAUUUCGAGAAGGUAUCUAUCUAUUAUCUAUCUAUCUUUUCAUAUCUAUCUAUCUAUCUAUCUAUCUAUCUAUCUAUCUAUCUAAUUAUCUAUCUAUCUAUCUAUCUAUCUAUCUCAGUUUGUUCAUACUUUUCAUAUCUAUCUAUCUAUCUAUCUAUCUAUCUAUCUAAUUAUCUAUCUAUCUAUCUAUCAUCUAUCUCAGAUUUUUCAUAUCUAUCUUCUAUCUAUCUCUAUCUAUCUAUCUAUCUAUCUAUUGACUUUUCAUUCAUAUCUAUCUAUCUAUCUAUCUAUCUAUCUAUCUAUCUAUCUAAUUAUCUAUCUAUCCCUGUUUAUAUCUUUUCAGUUUGUUCUAUCUAUCUAUCUAUCUAUCUAUCUAUCUAUCUAUCUAUCUAUCUAUCUAUCUAUCUAUUUAUCUAUCUAUCUAUCUAUCUCAGAUUUUUCAUAUCUAUCUAUCUAUCUAUCUAUCUAUCUAUCUAUCUAUCUAUCUAUCUAUCUAUCUCAGACUUUUCAUAUCUAUCUAUCUAUCUAUCUAUCUAUCUAGGGAAAGCGGACAAGGAGAAAAAUACAUUUUCACCUAUUGCAAUGAACACCGCAUUCACUACUUGCGAUGAUGAAUUACUUACUAGACUCAACUUGAAAAAUACUCGCUUUUAUUUAUUCUUUCAACAAAAAAACUGA